AUGUCAAAGAAAAACGACCCAGAUCCAGAGCUUUGGAUGGUUGCCUAUGGAGUCCCUGUAGUGGUGUGUCUGACCAUUGCUUUGUCAGAGGACUCAGAGAAAAGCCCUGUGCAGGUGCUGGCAGGUGCCCACCUGUUGCUGUGUGUAGCAGCAGCUGGGAAGCUCCUGUCUGACAUGACAUCACUGCAGCUGGCACACUUGUUGAACAGUGAGGAGGGCAGGGAGUUUGGAGGUCUGCUGCUUGUGAUUGCGUGGCUGCUUAUCACAACCCAGAGGCCUUCCACUGGAGGCUGGAGCCCAUGGUUGGCAGCCAUGUUGUCAGUGGUACCGAUGGUACUGUGGGGGUACUACCACUUCUACUCUGGCUUGGUACCACUGCAGCCACAACACUGCCAGGGUGCCAUAUAAGGAGAUGAAUUCAGCCCUUGUAUCAGUGGUACUUGUAAUGGUGGUACUUUGGGUACUAUUUAUCUCCAAGCAGAUGUUUGGAUGAUUUUCUAGCUGCCCUGCCUUUCUGACUCACUACCAUCUCUGAGUAUAUCUGUAGACAGUCAUUGCCUUGCUUGGUAUGUAUUCCCCAUAUAUAGAGUUAUUGCCACAACCAUUCUUUACCAUAGUCUUAGGUAGCAAUAGGCUAUAAGUAUAUAGAGGGUAGUGUGCUAGUAGGUAUAUCUGUAAGUAUAUCUGUAUGGAUCAUGGUGAAAAAGAAAAAUUGCUUCUCCUUGCAAGUGCAAUAUUUUCCAGCAGGCAAACUGCUACUUCAAACCUAGAUUGUUUUGUAUGUAAUGAAUAACACAGAAUAACGAAGGUUAAAACCACUGAGGUGGUAAAAAAACAGUCAAUGUGGUAUUAUAUCAUGAUCAGAUGUGAAAUUUUGAAAAGACGAGCGUUGGUAAUGUAGCUUAUUAUACCAUACGCGUAAGAAUUUUGAAGCAUACUUUGUUUUGUGUGAAGAAUGCCCAUGAAGUUUCAAUCUCUGUAUUGAUAUUAUUAUUAUCAUUGUAUUGCUACCAUAUUGAUAUGCUUUUGUGCAUUUGCAGUAUAUGUACACACGUGUAUAUAUAAGGCCUUAGCAUGUAUGCAAUUGGUCAGUUAUUAAGUCUAAUUGAGAUGAGGUUGGAGUUCCUUUCAUGCUUAAAGAAAAUACUGCAAAUAGAUAUUCUUGGUAAAA